AUGAACGCCCACGCCCUCCUCACCUCGCAGGGAUGGCGAGGAAAAGGCCACUCCCUGCACAAGACAAACGACGCCAUCGGCCUGUCGAAGCCCCUGCUGCUGUCGCGGAAAGACGACACAAAGGGCCUCGGCACCAAGCAGCACUUCACCAGCGACCAGUGGUGGAUGAACGCCUUUGACGAACAGCUCAAGGGCCUCGACACGUCGCACGACGGCAAGGUCUUGCAGACGGUCGUCACCGGCAAGCUCAACUCCAUCGAGAAGGGGUCUCUUGGGAAAUACUACCUGUACACAUCCUUCGUCCGCGGGGGCUUCCUGCAAGGAACAAUCGCCGAGCAACAAGCUGAUACAUCAUCGUCUACCGGUCCCGACGAAGAGCUGACAGCCGACACGGAACAGGCCCCACCGUCAAAGGAAACCAAGGACGAGAGGAGGGCGAGAAGAGCAGACAAGAAAAGGCGCAAGGAGGAGCGCGCCAAGCGCAAAGUUUUGCGACGCGAGCACAGAUCCAAAGCCACAAAGUCAGACUCGAGCAACGAGGAGGCCGACGAGGAGAAGCGCCACCGACGCGCCAAAAAGGAAGAAAAGCGGCGCAAGAGGCAAGACAAGGAGGCUAAAAGGUCCAAGAAGCGGGACAAGGAGCAACGAUGA